AUGAGUACCACUAAGAACAAGUACUCGGUCAUUCUGCCGACCUACAAUGAACGGAGAAACCUCCCAAUUAUUAUCUGGCUGAUCCAGAGAACUUUCAAAGAGAACAACUUGGAUUGGGAGGUCAUCGUUGUUGACGACGGCUCCCCUGACGGAACCCUCGAAAUCGCAAAGCAGCUGCAGAAGCUGUACGGCCCCGAACACAUCAUUCUCAAGCCCCGCCAGGGCAAGCUCGGUCUAGGCACCGCCUAUGUUCACGGUCUGCAAUAUGCUACUGGUAACUUCAUCAUCAUCAUGGACGCCGACUUCAGCCACCACCCCAAGUUCAUCCCCGAGAUGAUCCGCAUUCAGAAGGAGAACGAUGCCGACAUCGUCACCGGUACCCGUUAUGCGAAUCGCGGGGACAUCAAGGGUGGUGUCUACGGCUGGGACCUGUUCCGCAAGUUCACCUCGCGCACUGCCAAUCUGAUUGCGGACGUCAUGUUGAUGCCUGGUGUUAGCGACUUGACUGGUAGCUUCCGCUUGUAUAAGAGAUCGGUUCUGCAGAAAGUCAUCACUAGCACUCAAAGCAAGGGCUACAGCUUCCAGAUGGAGAUGAUGGUUCGUGCCAAGGCAAUGGGUUACAAGGUUGACGAGUGCCCCAUUACCUUUGUUGACCGUCUCUACGGUGAGAGCAAGUUGGGUGGAUCUGAGAUUGUGGAGUAUCUCAAGGGUGUUCUGACCCUGUGGCUGAAGGUUUAA